GUAUUAAGAAACUAAUAACGAUGUAUCCGACUUUGAUGCAUUUUUGUUGUUUAUUAGUUUAUUUAAUUUAAAAAGAAAGUACAGCCAGCGGAAGCAGUCGCAAUACGUACGUGUGACGUAUUUCCGCCGUUGCUUCGGUCCCUCACCGACGUCGUGAUGUUAGAAUGUUUGUGUAACACAUUUAUAAGACUUAACUUAAUUUAAUUUGUCUUUGAAGAUAUUCGUCUCCGGGGGUGAUUUGUAUCAUCUUUGGCUAACGUGACCAGGUUCUGUCCGGACAUGAACACGUAGCUGUCAGUUUGUAGGUAGGUCGUCGUUGUGUGUGUUAGCUCCCGUGUUAGCUACUCGGGCCCGGUUGCCUGUAUGUGAGCACAAAGGCCGAGCACAGUUCCUCACUGUCCAACAAUGUACCCCUCCUGGGGAAACUAUGGUGGGCCCCAUUCGCAAAACUUCGGAGGACCCGGGCCCCGUAAGCAGCCGGGUGCCGGCCCAGCACAGGGUUUCGGCGGCUUCGAGGCUCCGUCCAGCGGCUCGAUGUUCUCCAGCCUGCAGGAGCAGCACCUCCAGCAGAUGCAGCAGCUCCAGAUGCUGCACCAGAAACAGCUCCAGUCUGUUUUACAUCACGGAAACAACGCCGGGGCGUAUGGCUACGCGGGGCCCCCGUGGCAGCCUGAGGGCCCGGGACAUUUAGACACUACAGCUGGAGCUCAGACCUUCUUCAACCCAGACGAGGCUCCGGUUCAGCCGAACAGAGCGCCCCCUGCUCAUCCUCCUUCACUUCCUCCUGCUCAUCCUCCUGCACAUCCUCCUGCACAUCCUCCUGCACAUCCUCCUGCUCAUCCUCCUGCUCAUCCUCCUGCUCAUGCUCCUCCACCUCCACCGCAACCGCUUAUCCCCGAACCACAACCAUGCCCUCCCCCUCCAGAGCCUGCCCCAUCAAAGCCACCAGAGAGCAACAGUGCUCCCAAACCUCCAGACACAAACAAGAAGGAUCCGUCCUCCAAAGAAGAAGACAAAUCCGUAUCCCUGCAGGAACAACAGCAACUUUGGUACAAACAGCACCUUCUGAAUCUGCAGAAGCUGAAGCAAGAGAGAGCCAAGCAGAGUCAAAAAGAGAGUGAUGGCCCAGUGGCACCAUCCCCUGGCCAGGCAGUUCCUCCUCCACCAUCAGAACCUCAGAAAAACGCACCACCUCCACCCCCACCAAGAGAGGAGCCCCCAGCACCUCCGCCACUACCUGAUGAAUUGAGGAAUGAAAAUGUGGGAAAACCACCUAUAUUAACAGAUACACCUGAAGGCCUGGAAGACCCAGCAGAGUCUGCACGCCUCCAGCAGUUACAAGCUGCAGCAGCACAGUGGCAGCAGGUGCAACAGCAGAGAGUGGGCUUGCAAUACCAAACUCUCAUGCAACACCACGAGAAGCUACAGCACAUCCUGGAACAGUACCAACAGCUGAUUCAACAACCAGCAGAUCUUCAGUCGAUGUCUACUGAAAUGCAGCUGAGACACUAUGAAAUGCAACAGCAGAAGUUCACACCUUUAUUUCAAGACUGGGAGCACUCAUUUGCCCUGUGGUUUGAGCAGUUCCAGACCUAUCCCCACAAAGACCAAUUGCAGGACUAUGAACUCCAAUGGAAGCAGUGGCAGGAGCAAAUGAAUGCCACCAAUGCCCACCUUCAUGAAAGGAAGGCCGCUCUGACUGCCAUGGUGCCAUUUGCCUCAGGCCAGUAUAAUAGUGGGAUGAUGGGACAAUAUGGCCAGUUCCCUGGACAAGAUAUGCAGCUGCGCCAGCAGUCACUAAACUCGGGUGUACAGCAUCCUAUAGGUGCUGUUGGUCCCAGAUCUCAAGGUCCACAGCCAGCUGGGUUUGGGCCAAAUUCAGAAUCACCUGCUGGACCACCUGUGAAAGGAGGUUGCCCUGCUGGCAUCAUAGAAAGACCCCCAGGUCCUCCCCCUGUUCAACCAUCAAGUUUCAACAGUGUUCAAGGUCCAAGAGGAAACAACCCCAGAUUUGACCAACCUCAGCAGCGCUUUGAUGGUCCCCCUAGGUUUGACCAACCACAGCAGCGCUUUGAUGGUCCCCCAAGGUUUGACCAACCACAGCAGCGCUUUGAUGGUCCCCCAAGGUUUGACCAACCACAGCAACGCUUUGAUGGUCUUGCAAGGUUCAAUAAACCACAGCAGCCCUUUGAUGGUCCCUCAAGGUUCAACCAGCCACAGCAGCGUUUUGAGGGUCCCCCAAGAUUUGACCAACCACAGCAACGUUUUGAUGGUCCUCCUAGAUUUGACCAACCUCGACAGCGUUUUGAUGGUCCUCCUAGAUUUGACCAACCUCGACAGUGUUUUGAUGGUCCCCCUAGAUUUGAUCAACCACGGCAGCGUUUUGAUGGCCCCCCUAGAUUUGAACAACCUCGACUUGGGCAGCAGCCUAGGUAUGAACAACCUCUAAGGCACCCUGGCCCUCCUCCUCAUUUUGAACGUCCACCUAUGCCCCAGCAAAAACAGCAGGGUCCUCAACUAAAAGCAGAAAUGGCGGUUAAAUCUACCACAGUCCCAAAGACUGGCGGAAAUUCGGACGUGCAACCAAAGCUUGAAAAGGAAAAAAAUGAUUCCAGGCCAGAUGAUAAGGUGAGGUCUGAAGACCUGACAGAUGACAACUUGCUUGGAGAUGAAGGAUUUUUUGUUCAAAAUGACCCCAUUCCCCAGACCUUAAAGACAACACAGGAAGCUGAGAAUUCAGAUUCUAAAGCUCCUGAUAAAAGUGAAAAUACUAAUCCUCUUAACAAGAAGCCUCCAGCCACUACUGUGGCACUGAAAUCUACUGCAGAUAAACCAGACAAACCAUUGACAAACAACAAAGCCACAAUGCUUCCAAAGCCCCCUUUACAACAGGAGCCCCAAACAUCUGGCCAAAUGCUGUCAAGACAAGAGCCUCCAAAGCCUAUUCCUGGAAUGGGACGAGGACAGUCCAAUCUGCCUGCUGAAGUGCAUGGAAGAGGUCGUGGGCUGAGGGGGCGUGGAAAUUUCAGCGGACCAAACAUUGUCCCCCAUGUGGAGGAGAAGAGUGAAAUGUCCUAUAAUUGUAUACCACCUGAAGAGGACUUAGGAAUGUCGGAAGACCAGCAAGAAUGUCACUGGCAAGAUCCUUCAUGUGAGGAGUAUGGUUUGGAGGAAUCUGAGGUGCCCCCUGAAGAAAUGUGGAUGCCAGAAGAAAAUUACUUUCCAACAGAGGAAGAAUAUUAUGAGGAACCAAUUGGGGGACCAGCUAUAGGGAGAGGAUACCCCCCAAUGAUGAGAGGAGGACCCCCAAUGAUGAGAGGGAGACCCCCAAUGAUGAGAGGGAGACCCCCAAUGAUGAGAGGUGGGCCCCCAAUGAUGAGAGGAGGGCCCCAAAUGAUGAGAGGAGGGCCUCCAAUGAUGAGAGGAGGGCCCCCAAUGAUGAGAGGAGGUCCACCAAUGAUGAGAGGAGGUCCACCAAUGGGUAGAGGAGGACCACCUAUGCCUAGAGGGGGUCACCCAAUGGGUAGAGGAGGGCCACCAAUGGGAAGAGGAGGUCCACCCAUGGGUAGAGGAGGACCACCUAUGUCUAGAGGGGGUCCCCCAAUGGGUAGAGGAGGGCCACCUAUGGGAAGAGGUGAACCAGUGGACUGGGAAGAACCUCAAUCUGCUGAAUAUUUUGAGGAAGGUGACCCUUACUGGGAAGAGAGGAGACCUUUAAUGAGAGGAAUGAGACCUCCGUUUCCACCUGGCCGGGGGCGCCCCCCACGUGGUCAUCCUGGUUUCAUGCUCCAAAGUCGAGGACGCCCUCCUCAUCCAGCACCUGGGCCAAUGGAUCAUGUAAUGGACACCGAUGAUGCAGAAACUGAUCCAGCAGGACAUCCCAAUUACCAUGGACUAGAUCCUCACAGCCAUCCAUUGCAUCCUGAUGUAGAAAGAGGUAGGCAUCGUGUGCCACCACCACACUAUAAAAUGGAGUCUAUGGAGGAGCCUUUUUAUGACAACGAAAUGGAAAGAGAGGAAGGAUGGGAACCAACACAUGAUAGUGGUCCCCCUCUGCCUCCACAUGAGAUAAUGGAUCGGGGAGGAAUUAGAAGAAGACCUGUGGGUCGAGGAAUGGCAAGAGGGAUGUGGCGGUCAGGUCCAGGUCAACAAGAAUUUGAAGAGGGCUAUAAAGAGGGUUUUGUCGAGGAUUAUGGUCAUGGAGAAGAUGGUCGCCACUGGCGGCCACCACGGGACUAUCCUCCUGAUGACAAUCGGCAUGAUGCCAAGUACUAUGAGUCUGAAAGGGACAGAGACGGUGCUCUUCCUGAGAGGGACUAUGCCCCACGCUUGCCUCCACCAGAUCCUUACAGAGAUGGCCAUUGGCGAGAUGAACGGGAAAGAGAUAAAGGUUACCCACAUCCAUAUAAUGAGCAUGACAGGGCAAGAGGAGAGCUGAGAAUUCGGGAAUACCCUCCCUCAGAAUGGGACGGGUCUUCAAGACCACCUCCAGAGAGAGAGUAUCCUCCUGACUAUGAAGAUCGCAGACCUCGCUACGAUGAGCACAGGGAAGCCCCUCCUUUGGAAAAACUUCCACCAUCACUCCCAGCUGCACCUGUAAAAAGCAUAGCAGAGAGUUCAGUUGAACCAUCACAAGACACAAGUGCAGGAAAUGUACUUGCUCUUUCUCAACGUCAGCAUGAGAUCAUCUUGAAAGCCGCUCAAGAGCUUAAGCUUAUAAGGGAAAUGCAGGAGGUGAAGACCCCUGAUCCUGAACCACAGUCUGCACCUACUGACGUCUUGCCCGAGCUUCCUGCUGGUCUUCUUGGUUUGGAGAUCCCAGCAGAUAUCAGGAAUGUUUUGAAGGGCAUGAGUGCAGCAGCACAGACGGCUACACCUGAAUCUGUACCUUGGGAUUCAAAGCCUGGUGCCACAGAUUACAAGCCAGUCCUCUCUGCUGCACCUACAGCUUCAGUAAUCCCAAAGACUGUGGAUUAUGGGCACGGACAUGAACCUGGUGCCACUGUUGAGCGGAUGUCUUAUGGUGAAAGAAUCGUGCUGAGGCCUGACCCAUUGCCAUCGGACAGGGGUUAUGAAAAAGAACCUCUUGGUCUUAGAGAUCCAUACAGCAGAGACCUAUAUUAUGAAAGGCGAUCAGACCCUUACAUGGACCGCCGAGAGUACAGUAGAGAGAGGGAGUUGUACAGAGAAAAACACCCCUCUGAAUAUGAAAGAGAGAGACACGAGAGGGACCGCUAUCCCCCAAGAGAAAGAGAUAACAGCACACAGUCCGUGGUUGAAGAAAGAUCUCCACUGGCAUCUUCUCUGCGCUCGGGGUACAGGGAGCGAGAGUGGGAUCCUCGGGACCGUGACCGAAGUGGCAGCCGCGAUCGAGACGAUCAUUAUGGAAGGUCUAGCUAUGAUAGACCUUCAUAUGAGCGUGCUGGACUUGAACGCAGUGGGCCUGAGCGUUACAGCCAUAGCUCCUCGCCCUUUGUGGACAGAAGAAGUUAUCCAGAGGAACGGCCUCCUAUUGCACCACCUCUACCACCUCCGCCUCCCCCAAGAGUUGAGAAGAAGCCAGAAAUGAAGAAUAUUGACGAUAUCCUCAAACUACCUGGCAGAUCAUCUCGACCUGAACGGAUUGUCAUUAUAAUGAGAGGACUUCCAGGAAGUGGGAAAAGCCAUGUUGCAAAGCUUAUACGGGACAAGGAAGUGGAUUGUGGUGGUGCCCCACCGAGAGUUCUUGUUUUGGAUGACUAUUUUAUGACGGAAGUCGAGAAAGUUGAGAAAGACCCAGACACGGGCAGGAGAGUCAAAGCCAAGGUUCUUGAGUAUGAGUACGAGCCAGAGAUGGAAGAGACCUACCGGAGCAGCAUGCUCAAGACCUUCAAGAAAACCCUGGAUGAUGGCUUUUUCCCCUUCAUCAUUUUAGACUCUGUAAAUGACCGGGUCAAACAUUUUGAUCAGUUUUGGAGUGCAGCCAAAACCAAAGGUUUUGAAGUAUAUCUGGCGGAAAUCACUGCAGACACUCAGACCUGUGCAAAGAGGAAUGUCCAUGGACGCACACUUAAGGAUAUAACGAAGAUGUCCAACAACUGGGAGCAUUCACCGCGUCAUAUGGUGCGCUUAGAUGUCCGGUCCUUGCUUCAGGAUGCUGCUAUUGAGGAGGUUGAAAUGGAAGACUUUAAUCCUGAUGAUGAGCCCAAGGAACCCAAGAGAGAGGAGGAAGAAGAGGGUGAUCUGGGUUACAUUCCAAAAAGUAAAUGGGAGAUGGAUACAUCCGAGGCUAAACUAGACAAGUUGGACGGUCUUGGUAGCAGUGGGAAGAGGAAACGUGAAAGUGAUAACACGGCAGACCUGGAGGACUACCUUCAGCUGCCAGACGACUAUGCCACGCGCAGGUCCCAACCAGGAAAGAAGCGGGUUCGAUGGGCUGAUCUUGAAGAGCAGAAGGAGGCGGAUCGAAAGCGCGCUAUUGGCUUUGUGGUGGGUCAAACGGACUGGGAGAGAAUCACGGAUGAGAGUGGUCAGCUGGCACAAAGAGCUCUCAACCGCACCAAGUAUUUCUAAGAAGAAGAAAAUCUUCUCCCCCCUUUUUUGCUUCUUUGAAAGGUGUCCAGAAUGUGAAAUGUGUCCCCGAAGCUCGAGACUCAUCAGGGUGAUAACCACCAAUAGAUAUCAAUUUCUGAGUUCAUCAUGGGGAAGGAUACGGUUUAAUGUUUUCCACCUCAUUUUAAAAGACACUCCCGACUACUUCUGAUGAUAUGUUAUGUUUUCAGUCAUGUUUUUUUUUUUUUUUAUAUUGUUCAUGUUUUAUUUGCUGUUUACCUGUAGCACUGUUUCUUGGUCAAUGCUUACUUGGAAAAAAGACAAUAAAACUUUUAUACAAAAAUCA